AUGAGCAUAAAUUGUAUUUCCAAUCAAAUAUAUGCACGAAAUAUCACUCAAAACUCCCACCAUUUAUUCAUUGAAAUUGCAAGACUCCUUAUUUCAAAUAAAGCAAAUCCCAAUGCAAAAACAAGAAAUAAAGAAAUUCCACUACAUUCUGCUUGUAAAUAUCAAAAUGCACCAGAAAUUGUAGAACUUCUUAUUAAACACACCGAAAAUAUUAAUUCAAAAAAUUCAACUGGAGAAACUUCACUUCAUUAUGCUGUAACAAGAAAAUAUACCGAGACAGCAGAACUUCUAGUUUCGCAUGGAGCAGAUGUCAACGAAUUUGACAAUGAAGGGAAAACAGCUCUUCAUCAUGCGGCACAUCUAAAUAGUGCUGAGCUUGUGAAACUUCUUAUAUCAAAUGGAGGAGAUUUAAAUUUAAAGAAUAAAGAGGAAGAUACUCCUCUACAUAUUGCAGUUGAAAAGAAAUAUAAAGAAAUAGCAGAAAUUCUUAUAUCGCAUGGUGCAGAUGUAAAUGCAAAUAACAAAGAUGGAAGAUCUGCGCUUUAUUUUGCAAUAAAUAAUAAUAUGAUAAAUAUAGCAGAACAAAUAAUUUUGCAUAGUGGAGAUAUUAAAGCAACUGAUCGUGAUGGAAAAGAUUAUCUUCAUUUGGCAACUGAACUUGGAAGAAACGAAAUAGUCGAAAUUCUUGUUAAACAUGGAGCAGAUGUCAAUUCAACGAACAAAAAACUUGAAACAGCUCUUCAUAUUGCAAGUGAAAAAGAUCAAAAAGAUAUUGUAACAUUUCUUCUUACACAUGGUUCAAAUGUUAAUGCAAAAUCAAUUGAUGGUGAAACUGCCCUCAUGGUUGCAUCAAAAUUUGAAAAUAACGAAAUCUGUGAUAUUCUACUAUCGCAUGGUGCCGAUAUCAAUGCCAAAGAUAAAAAUGGAAGAACUGCACUCCAUAUUGCUACAAAACCACGUCAUAAUAAGAUAGCAAAAUUCCUUAUUUUACAUGGCGCUGAUAUUAAUUCAACAAAUCAGAAUGGCGAAACUGUUCUCCAUCUAGCGGCUGAUUCAAAUAACACAAAAAUUGUAGAACUCCUUAUUUCACACGGUAUCAAUAUUAAUGCCACAGACAAAACAGGGAAAACUGCUCUUCACUUAGCCACAAUGAAUAAAUUUUAUGAUGUAUUUGACUAUCUAAUUACAAAAGGUGCUGAUCUCAAUAUCAAAGAUCGAAAAGGUAUGACUCCACUUAGUUAUGCUUUGGAUUACGAAUUUCUGAAAAUAGCAUUUGAACUUAUUUUACAUGAUGCAGAUAUCAGUUAUUUAAGCGAAGCUGAAAAAUCAAAUCUUUUGUUUGUUGCAAUUAAAAAAUACGUUUGGAUGCUGUAA